GCUGCAGCCAAUUGUAUAAACAAUUUAACCGCGCGGUUACCACACGGUUACGGUAACCAGCCCGGUAACCUCGCGGUAAGCGAUUGUAUAAAAAACAUCAAAAGCAGUUACCGCGCUAUAACCGCGGUUAAAUUUAACCCAGGUAAAGUAGCUCGGUAACUGCACGGUAACCAAAACCAACAUGGCGGACAUUUUACGCGUUUCACACCGACGACCCCGGCAAUUUCGACGAGUUGAUCGACAAUUGACUGACUUUACGGACGAGGAAUUGCGGAAACGGUAUAGGUUUUCUGCUGACAAUAUUGACAGACUAGUCAGACUUAUUGGACCACUUUUGGUGCGACAAACCCGUCGGAAUCAAGCCCUUACACCCCGACAACAGAUUUUGAUUACCUUGAGGUUUCUUGCCACGGGUAAUUUCAUGCAGGUUAUUGGUGACACCUUUGGUGUGGACAUUGCUACAGUUUCCAGAGUUAUCUCAAAAGUGACUGACAUACUUUUCGGACUGAAAGACCAGGUAAUAAAGUUUCCAAUGACCGACACUGACCGACGAAAAGUCAUGAAUGGGUUUUACGCAAUACGCGGAUUUCCCUCAGUGAUUGGAUGCAUAGAUGGAACUCACGUAAAACUGAUAUCCCCAGGACAACCAGAUGAAGCAGCAUAUGUGAACAGGAAACAUCAGCAUAGUAUAAAUGUACAGGCAACUUGUGAUCAUAAAGGGAAGUUUACAAGCCUAAAUGCGUGCUGGCCAGGAAGUUGCCAUGACAGCCACGUCUUCAGAAUGUCAAGUAUUGGCAGACACUUGCAAAGUCACAACCAAGACCCACAAAAUGGAUACCUUUUAGGAGACAGUGGAUACCCGUGCCGACCAUUUCUUAUCACACCCUUUUUACAGCCAAGAAACGAGAAUGAAGAGCGAUUUAACAAGGCACACAUUUCGACACGCAAUGUAGUAGAGAGAGUGUUCGGAGUUUGGAAGAGAACCUUUCAUAUCUUACAUGGUGAAAUACGCAUGAAACCACAUAGAGUCACACGAAUUAUUGUAGCCUGCGCUGUUCUGCACAAUUUAAGAUUACAGUGGGGUGAGCCUCAAGAGGGCAGUGACUCUGACCAGGACCAACCUCCAACAGAGAUAUUUCAGGGGACUAUGGAUGGCAAAGGAGUGAGGCAGCACAUUGUUCAGACAUAUUUCUAGGAUAAAAUAUAGCUUACAGAUGAUGAGAACCGGAGCUGGGUGUGACGGACGUAUUUUUUAAAUUUUGUGAAAUGAAUUUUAAAUAUAUUAAAAAUAUGUUUUAACCUUUU